AUAUGCAAUUGCAGUCCCUACAAAAAAUCAGACCGCGAAGACCACCGCGGAAGCCAUUUUAAACAAUUUUAUUUUUAAUUUUGGAGUUCCAACCAGAUUAUUAUCUGACCAAGGUACAAACUUCGAGUCUGAAGUAAUUCAUGAAUUGUGCAAACUCAUGGAAAUUUCUAAAGUAAGAACUACGGUUUACCACCCUCAAUGCAAUGGAAGUGCAGAAAGAUUCAAUAGAACAUUGAUUAACAUGCUGGGAACUCUUGAACCAGAAAAGAAACAAAAUUGGAAGAAAUUUGUGCCAUCUUUAGUAUACUCAUACAAUUGCAUAAGACAUGAGUCAACAGGAUACUCACCAUUUGAGUUAAUGUUUGGUAGAACACCAAAGUUACCGGUUGAUUCUAUGUUCCACAUUGACAAUGAUGAUUUGGUGUCGAAUGAGUAUGUUAAAGACUUAAAGUCAAGACUAGAAACAUGCUGGAAAAUUGCAGAUCAAACAUUGAACAAGUCCAGAUCAAAACAAAAAAGUAAUUAUGAUCGGAAGGCAAAAGCAGUCACUAUAGAUGUUGGUGACAAAGUAUUAGUAAAAGUCCUUGCAUUUUCGAAACCACAUAAAUUAGCUGAUAAAUUUGAGGAAGAUAUUUUUGAAGUCAUAAGUCAACCAAAUAAGGACAUUCCUGUCUACGUUGUGAAAAGUACCAGUGGUAAUGAAAAAACCUUACACCGCAAUCACCUUUUACUAUUAAAGGAAGAAGAAAAGCAAGAUGCAGCAGAGGAAGCAGUGGCAAAGAAACCUGUUCCAAAACCUAGAAAUAAAGUGAAAUCCAAGGAUGAUUCUAUUGUAGAUGUAAAACGAAAAGAUAAGGGUGAUCAUGAUUAUAGAAAAUCUGAAAGUUUAGAGAACUUCAGGCGUGAAGAAUCGAGUGAAUCGGAUUUCGACAACUAUUAUGUAGUAAAAAAGAAUACAGACAGACCGGCCGGUCAACAAAGCAAAGAUAAAAGAGCAACUACGUCAUCUUCUGUGUCUACAGAAAUGGAGGAAGUAGUACAAGAAGGAACUGAUGCUGAUGGACAAGAAGGGGAACAAGAAGUUAAUUUAGUUAAGGAAAACCCAGUAGAAGACCAAAUAGAAGCUGCAUCUAAUCUAGGCCCAUCUAUGGAAACUAGACGUUCAACAAGAACAAGAAAGAAACCAGUUUGGUUUCAGUCUUACCAUGUGGGACAGCAACAGGAUAUGACCAGAUUGCUAGAAAUGCAAUUACAAAGUACUAAUAGUAAUGCUGAAUUGUUAAGAGCAUUGCUCAAACAAUGAUAAUUGUUUUAUUGAUUUUAAACUUUGUAUGAUAUAUGGAUUGGUGAGCGAUACAUGAGUAUUUGUAAAGUAAUUUUGUAUACUUAUACUUUCCAAUUUAUUGCAGGAGCAAUUAUCAAGAGAGGGGAGAGCAACAUAACCUGAUAAUUGUAUUUUUUAUUUGUUUUUAAAAUAUUUUUUAAGUGAAUUUAUAUGUUGUUUUUAAUGAAUUUUGCGUUUGUCUUUAUUGCAGAUAAGCUUGCACUUUGGACAUAAACCAGAGACAGUAAAUACUGUAAAUACUAGACAUUAUUAUGAGGAAAUGUUGUAUAUAAUCAUAAUAAUAACAAUUCAAUACCAGUGACAUGGUUAGAGUAGUAAGUAAUUAAUUACUUACUAGAAGUAAAAAAUUUUUACUGUUAUAAGUAGAAGUACUACCAGUUUGGUAUCGGUGUUGUUUAUGUGCUUAAUAUUAGUGAGCAUAGGUUCAAGUCGUGACGACUUGAUUUUCGGAGAGGGGGAGAAUGUAACAGGUCUAUAAAAUUAGUGUUUUGUAACCAAUUUCUUGUAUGUAAGGUGGUGUAUCGGUUGUGACUAGUUAGACACGCAGAAGUUCCGGUUUAUAAUACUUGGUUUUACGUUUUGAGAUUGACGGUUCAAAUAUCAAUUGGAAUCUUGCAUGUUUUAUGACAUCUUUGUGCCAGCAGUCACAGUGCUAACCUCCCCCAAGGCUGAGAGAGACCAGGUCGAGAGAAGCUUAUACUCCGACGGUCAGUUACAGAUCAGUUUCAACGCUCGUAUAUUUAUUAUAAAUCCACUCAAUAAACUUGUAACUGUCA